AUGACUGGGGGUCAUUUUACAUCCUGGCUCGUAAUAAGUGUUCUAAACUCAACCAUUAAACAGACUGUGAUUCCCGACUAUCACGGCGCAAAUUGCUCCUACAUCGAAUACUUUGCGGCUCAACCAGAAAAUGUUGGCGGCCUAAAACCAACGGAGGGUAUUCUCUGAAUGAUGACCCUGAUGUUGUAUCGCAGUCCCUUUUCAGAAUUGUACAGAAUUGGUCAGGCUGCAGAGGGCGGACGAAGUAAUCAUGGCGAGCUGGCCACGGAAGAUAAGGCUUAUUUUCCGUUCGACUUUUGGCCGGGUUUCGUACUGUUUAAGUUUGCCAGUCUUCUCAAAAUGUCGUUUUCAGUCAAACUGAACGGCGAGUUCUACCUCAUUUCAUCGCCUCACCAACGACCCGAAAUUGACUCUAAACCUGGACGAGCGAGCUGCCCUCGCCCGCUUUAUUUUCCCUUCGAUAUUUUGAUGACUGGGAAGAAUGGAAAAUUUCCCUCAACUCUAACCAGUCUAUUGUGGCUUUGUUUCUCUGCCAAAUCCGGAAACGUCGAAAUUCGCCCUGCUGCCAUAUUUCCCAUCUCCGGUCUGCUUGGACUAACCGCCGGCUGCAUCCUCUCCAUCCUUUCGCAUUGCGCCCUUGAGACACAGAAAUUGGUCUUCAUCGGUGGUGGGCUCUACGUGUUAAGCGGUGAGACAAAAGGCACCAGAGAACGGUUCGGAGUUGGCGAGCCACGUUGUUCUGCUACGAUCGAGAUGCCUCGAUUGAAGGGUUGCGUCUAA